AGUUAGGCGGCUGUUUUCCGGUCGGCUCCGGCUGUCUCACGUGCUAAUUAAACCCGGAUUAAUCGGCCCUGUGAUAGUUAACCAUGCGUAAACGAGUGACGAAUUAAUCGCAAUUAACCGCAAUCGAUCGCUAUUAACCAAUAAUGUCCGACCACGAGCUGACGGAAGACGACCACGAGAUCAACGUCUUGGACACCGACAGCAGACUAUCACAUAGUGACAGUGAGCCGCACAGCGCCAGGAGUCACUGCUCGAGCCCCGAAAAUGUGCCCACGUCGCACAGUUCCACCAGUACGGUCCUGCCGUUUAGCAUUUCGAACUUAUUAGGCAAAAAUUUCGAACAGAAGACAGAGCCGGACGGUGUCGCGUCGCUCUACCACCACAACUCUGCCAUUUUUCAGCAGAGGGGCGCCCUGGGGGGCCUGGUGCCGUCGGGAUUUUACGGACAAGGUGUUUUGAGGGUGCCCGCGCACAGGCCUCUAGGGGGCCCCGGCAGUCCCGCCGGCGGAGUUUUCAGCCCCUGGACGCUCGGCCUGGACCCGGUGCUCCAGCGGUCGGCGGCGGCCGCCGCCUUCGCCACUCAAGUCGUCAAGGAUAGGCUAGCAGCUACUUUUCCCAUGACGAGGCGGAUCGGCCACCCUUACCAGAACCGGACUCCGCCCAAACGGAAGAAGCCCCGAACGUCUUUCACGCGUCUCCAGAUCGCCGAACUCGAGAAGAGGUUUCACAAACAGAAAUACCUAGCUUCAGCCGAGAGAGCCGCGUUAGCGAAAACUUUAAAAAUGACCGACGCUCAAGUGAAAACGUGGUUUCAGAACCGGAGGACGAAGUGGCGACGUCAAACGGCCGAAGAACGGGAAGCGGAGCGUCAAGCCGCCAACCGCCUCAUGCUGAGCCUUCAAGCCGAAGCCUUGACCAAAGGCUACAUGAGCGAAGGUCCCCCUCCCACCUCAGGGCCUGGUGAUACGGCCCUGAGCGCCCUACAGAACCUGCAGCCUUGGGCUGGUCCCUACAGCGCCCCCCAGCCGGCCCUCGCCGAAUCUAUGUGUUGAAAAGACAUGAACUAAAAAACAAAGUGCAAUCGAAAAAUUGACGUGUUGUUGGUUGUGGAACGGACCGUACUUCGACUGAACGCGAAAAGUAGUGUGAUCUGUAAAUGUAUAAUAAUUCAUUCCUAGAAUUAAAAUUGUAGAUAUGAGUUUAGUGUA